CUUGAAGAAGUUUCGUUAUUGAAAAGUGAGAAAUACAAGUAGACGUAUCUUAAUUCAACUAACCUCGAAUUUAUUCAACCUGCCUCUUGGGGACAUCAUUUGAAACGUUUGAAGUUGAACAGAUAAAUUGAAACUUCAAAAUCUACAACUACAUGUAUAAAUUUCAUAUUAUUGUACAAAACAAAAGUUUGUGAUCAACUGAAGAUGGGAGUAUUAUUUUCAAGGUUUUGUGAUUGUCUUAAAAAGUGGAAGUUUCGCCAUGAAUCUGCUACUGCUGCUGCUGAAGCCGAAGAAAUUUCUGAGCUAUUUUUUGAGCUUCGUAUUCUUCAGGUUGCAACCAAUUUCUUCUCCGAAACGAAUUUGUUAGGUCGUGGUGGUUUUGGACCUGUUUUUAAGGGACUGAUGCCAAAUGGACAAGAAGUAGCAGUGAAAAAGUUGUCAGUAAACUCUAGACAGGGUGUUACAGAAUUCACUAAUGAAGUGAAGCUACUGUUGAAACUUCAGCAUAAAAACUUGGUGACAUUGUUUGGCUGCUGCAUAGAGGGAGCUGAGAAAAUGCUCGUGUACGAGUAUCUUCCUAAUAAGAGCCUUGAUUAUUUUAUUUUCAAGAAAGACAACUCAUCAGUCCUUGAUUGGGCUACACGGUACAGAAUCAUAACUGGUAUUGCUAGAGGACUUCUCUACCUCCAUGAAGAGGCUCCUGAAAGGAUUAUUCAUAGAGAUAUUAAAGCCAGCAACAUAUUGCUUAAUGAUCAAUUAAAUCCUAAGAUAUCGGAUUUUGGUUUGGCCAGGUUAUUUCCCGGUGAAGGCACCCAUUUAGAUACGCUCAAGAUUUCCGGUACUUACGGGUAUAUGGCACCUGAGUAUGCAAUGCAUGGAUAUUUGUCAGUGAAGUCGGAUGUGUUCAGUUUUGGGGUACUGACAUUGGAGAUUGUAAGUGGAAGAAAGAAUUUUGUUGACAACCUUGGUGCAGAGAAGGCAGAUCUCUUGAGCUAUACAUGGAAGCUCUUCCAGGAAGGGAGGAGCCUGGAGUUAGUUGAUGCUAGCCUUGGUAAGUGCAAUCCAGAUGAGGCGGCAAUGUGCAUUCAACUUGGGCUGCUAUGCUGCCAAGCGACUGUUGUUGAGAGGCCAGCCAUGAGCUCUGUUCAUCUGCUUUUAUGCAGUGAGUCAUUUAGUUUGCCUCAGCCAGGUAAACCUGGAAUUCAUGGUCGCCGAUGGAUUGCACCAACUAGCUCUUCUGCUUUCACCAAAACUAAUCCUAGUAGUUCGUCCUCUGGUCUCACCAAAACUACGACAGGGAGCACUGCUGUUGAAGACUUUUCAAGAAACUCCAUCUCUCUUUCUUCUGUAGAUGAAGGUAGAUGAUAUAUUACAGUAUAUUAGGAAUUGUAAUAAUUUAUAUGCUUGUAAAGCUUAUUCAGUAUUUGUUUGUCCAAAAUUAUCAUCACUUUGUGGAAGUCAUCAUUUAACAUCCAUUAGAGUAUGAGCAAUGGUGGGUAACUCACCACCAUUACAACUCAUCUCAUUUAUUUCUCUCUUCCAACUUUCCACUAUCUUAAAGUUACUAUUAUGAGUCA